GUAUACUGAAAAUUUUGCUACUGAUGAUGCUGUUAGACAAGCUCUCAAGGAAGGUACUAAAUCAUUGGACUUCAUUAAUCUUAUUUCAUGGUUCUCUACAGAAUUACAAGCACUGUGUCACUUGGAUUCUUGUAUCAAUCCAAUAACAGACCUUGAAGAUGUCAGCUCUUUCCUUCUAGAAGUUAGUUCAUUUUUAAAAGAAUUGCAUUGUCCAUAUAAAUCACUUGUCAGUGGUACCAUUAGUCAAAGACUUUUAGACAUUCAAAGUCGGACAACGUUACUAGACUUUUUAUGUACUGAAUUGCAGGCUGCGCGUCUUUUACAUUCUAAAAAAGACCAGAAAAAUCCUUUAGAAAUAGAACUGGAAGGUAGCUCAACAGCCAUUGCAUUAAGCUCUUCUGCCAACAUAUUGAAUAUCAACACAGAUAAUGUUGCUGACCCUUUAUCACUAUUUUCUUCAAUGGAGACAAAGGUAAAAAGUCUUACUUCAGAAAAUGGUAGAAUUCUACCCCCUGUGUUGAUACAGGAAGUUUUAACUGAACAGCAGUGGGAGUCUCUUGCAGCUCUUUACGACGAGUUUUUAAGUGAUUAUAAUGUUCGAAGAGAAUUACUGCUCACACGUUUAGAUGUAACUAUACAGUCGUUCAAAUGGGGUGAAGGUAGUCAGGGAAAAGAUAAAGAAAUUUUUCAAGCGUACAUGCCCAGGAGGAAGAAAUUACUAAAUAUAUCGAAUGUGCAGUUGUCAGAUGUGAUAGCAGCUAGAGAAGAUGUAUUAAUUAUUGAAAAAACCAGUAGUGCCGAAUUAGUGAAAAAUACAACAUCAUCACUAAAUCGAAUUCUUAUUCCCCAUGUACCAGAUAGAGGAGGUCGUCCCAAAGAGCAGAGGCCUCCUGUUGAAAUGCCAAAUUGGAUGAAAAGGCAACAAGGUGGAAGUGGAAGAGGUGAUCAUCAUGGUGGUGGAUGGCAGGGAAAGAAAUUUAGAGGUGGUUAUAAAGGUGGAGGAAAACAACAACGAUGACAUUAUCUGUCAGUAGUGCAAGCUCAGUUGUUAAAUAUGAAGAGACACCAAUAAAACGCUCUAUUCCUAGCAAUAAUGUAACUAAAUAACCAGGAAUUUUGCAACUUCUAAAUUAAUUUUUUUGACUUGAGUAAAGUUUUACUAUACUGGUAAUUUUAGUGACUGAGAUGUUUGUAUGCCUCUUCCUUUGUUAUUGAACUCAUGAACCUAUUAUUUAAUUAUAUAGAGGGAAAUAAAUUUUUAUUUAUUAAAUAUGUUCAAGAUAUGUUUAUUGUUUAUUUCUAGAAUCUUAGGUAUUAUCAAUAAUCCAUUUAUUAAUGAAUUUAGUAUGCAAAUAUUAAAUUUGUGUACACAUUUCGUUUUAUGGCACAUUUAAGUUAGAAGAGACUUUUAGUGUUCAUCAUUAAUUUUAUGGUUAUCUGCGUCGUGCUUCCAUUUUUGUAAUAUAUGCAUUUUUUUAACAUGAAAUUACCCCUGCCACCUACUUGAAACUAAUUAACAUCUCUGAGAUUAAUUUUCCAUUAUUUAGUAAUGAAAUGGUUAAGCUCAAAAUAAUAAUACAAUUCAAAUUGGCUCCUAUAUUUAUUUCCCUUUAUAUAUCUCUUGUGCCACUUCAUAAUACUUAAAGAAAGUCUUUAAGGCCAUAUGCCGAGUUUACAGUGAAUAUAAAAUUCAAUCAAAACCAUUUGUAUGUAUAUUUAUAUCACUAAAUAAACAUAAAUGAAUUGAGUUCAAAACAUGCUUUUUUGUAUGAAUUUUUGUGUUUUUUCUCUGCUUUCAUUGCAUAUAAUGACAUUACACUAACUGGGUGAGUCAUAAGUUUUAUGUUAUUUGAUGUUAUUAUUUUUUAUUGAAAAACACAUUCAGCAUCCCCUUAACUUUGUUGCCUUGAGGAAGAUGGAGGAUAAUUGUGGUAGCAAGAAGCAAGAAGAUGUAAAUGGACGGUUUAAAGUUUCGACUAAAACUCGUUUAAAGUUCAGAUCCUAGUUAGGCAUUCAUUGAUUUUUUUUUCUAAAUCAUGCUGUGUAGCAGCACCCACCAGAGCUACUAGUACCAUCUCUUGCCCUAAAAUAGAGGAGAGGUUCUCCUACCAUUUGUACCAACUAUCUCAAAACUUUUAAUUUUGGCACUUACAUCCCUUUGCUUCUCACUGCCUCAAUUUCAGCCAUUAGACCAUGUCCA